UGACGGGCGGACCCGAGGCGGAGAGGGGCGGCCGGGACCCGGGCCUGCAGCUGGGGAGCCGGGGACGGCGGCGGCCAUGAGCACCGUGGACCUUGCCCGCGUGGGCGCGUGUGUCCUGAAGCACGCGGUGACCGGGGAGGCCGUGGAGCUGCGGAGCCUGUGGCAGGAGCAGACAUGCGUGGUGGCCGGCCUGCGGCGCUUCGGCUGCAUGGUGUGUCGCUGGAUCGCCCGGGACCUCAGCAGCCUCAAGGGGCUCCUGGACCAGCACGGCGUGCGCUUGGUGGGCGUAGGGCCCGAGGCCCUGGGCCUGCAGGAGUUCCUGGACGGCGGCUACUUCUCGGGAGAGCUGUAUCUGGACGAGAGCAAGCAGUUCUACAAAGAGCUGGGCUUCAAGCGGUACAACAGUUUGAGCAUCCUGCCGGCCGCCCUGGGGAAGCCCGUGCGUGAUGUGGCUGCCAAGGCCAAGGCUCUUGGCAUCCAAGGGAACCUGUCUGGAGACCUGCUGCAGAGUGGAGGGCUGCUGGUGAUCGCCAAAGGUGGUGACAAAGUGCUGCUACACUUCGUUCAGAAGUCCCCGGGUGACUACGUCCCCCAGGAGAGCAUCCUGAAGGCCCUGGGCAUCUCCGCGGAGGUCAGGGCCAGUGCGCCGCCCCAGUGUGACGAGGAAGCAUGCACCAGGUGAAGGUCCCAGGCCUGUGAGGAUCUGGGAGGCAUCUGCUGCCCGGGGCGUGCUGGGAGUCGGAUGUGAAGACUCGUUCCGGAAUCUCUGGGCUGGAACAUUGAAUUCUGCCUGGUCUGAGGGCAGCAACAAGCAUUAAACUUCGGUUUCUGGGCA